CCCGGUGAGACAGGAUGAGCACGGCCGCCAGCCCCGAGCCCCUGCCCGAGCCCCCCGCCCCGGGGCCGCGCUGUGCCCCCCAGGAGGAGCCCGAGUUCCUGCGGGCGCGGGGCGGGGCCGGGGACCUGCGCCAGGACUUCAACCUGAUGGAGCAGAAGAAGCGGGUGACGAUGAUCCUGCAGAGCCCGUCCUUCCGGGAGGAGCUGGAGAGCCUGAUCCAGGAGCAGAUGAAGAAGGGGAACAACUCGUCACACGUGUGGGCGCUGCGGCAGAUUGCCGACUUCAUGGCCACCACGUCCCCUGCCACCCUGCCCACCUCGCCCAUGGGGCUGGCGUCGGUCACCCCUAUCAAUGACCUGCAUGGGACAGAGGGGCCGGCCCUGGCCAAGGGCGAGCGGCUGAUGCGCUGCAAGGUGGGCAGCAUCCACCGGCUGCUGGACCUGUACGGCUGGGCACAGCUGGGACACGCUGCUGUCACCCUGCGGGUCAGCAAGGAGCAGGAGCACUUCUUGGUGGCCCCGCAGGGGCUGGCGUGCAGCGAGGUGACAGCGGCCAGCCUGGUGAAGGUGAACGUGCUGGGGGCCGUGGUGGAGCAGGGCAGCACCGGCUUCGCCCCCGACGCCCGCAGCUUCAGCCUCCACGCCGCCAUCUACGCGGCGCGCCCCGACAUCCGCUGCAUCGUGCGGCUGCACACCCCAGCCGCGGCUGCCGUCUCGGCCAUGCGCUGCGGGCUCCUGCCCAUCUCCCGCGCCGCCCUUCUCCUGGGGGACGUCGCCUACUUCGAUUUCCGCGGGGAGGUGGAGGACGAGGCGGACCGCGUGGAGCUCCAGAAGUGCCUCGGGCCCACCUGCAAGAUCCUGGUGCUGCGGAACCACGGCGUGCUGGCGCUGGGCGACACGGCCGAGGAGGCUUUCUACAGCAUCUUCCACCUGCAGGCGGCCUGCGAGGUGCAGGUGUCGGCGCUGGCCAGCGCGGGCGGCGCGCAGAACCUGAUCGUGCUGGAGCGGGCGCCGCAGCCGCAGCGCGGCCCGCAGGGGCUGAGCGCCGUGCGCCGCGCCGGGGCCGCCUUCGGGCCGCUGCACAAGAGCCGCCUGGGCGAGCACGAGUUCGAGGCGCUCAUGAGGAUGCUGGACAACCUGGGCUACCGCACGGGCUACACGUACCGCUACCCGUUCGUGCAGGAGAAGAGCAAGCCCAAGAGCGACGUGCUGAUCCCCGCCACUGUCACGGCCUUCGUGUUCGAGGAGGAGCCGGCCGGGACCCCCGCCCUGCGCCAGCACGCCCACAAGCAGCAGAAGGAGAAGACGCGGUGGCUCAACACGCCCAACACCUACACCCGCGUCAGCCUGGCCGAGGAGCAGGGCGGCGCCGGUGCCCAGAGGACAAAGACCACGUGGCUGCGGGCAGACGAGGUGGAGAAGGGCAGCAGCGGGACCCCGAUCCGCAUCGAGAACCCCAACCAGUUUGUGCCGCUCUACACGGACCCGCAGGAGGUGCUGGAGAUGCGCAACAAGAUCCGCGAGCAAAACCGCCAGGACGUGAAAUCAGCCGGGCCCCAGUCGCAGCUGCUGGCCAGCGUCAUCGCCGAGACCAGCCGCAGCCCCUCCACCGAGAGCCACCUGGGGGACGCAGAGGCCAAGGAGGGCGGGCAGGAGGCUCCCCCCGAGCCGGAGCCCCCCAACCCCUUCAGCCAGCUGACGGACCAGGAGCUGGAGGAGUACAAGCAGGAGGUGGAGAGGAAGAAGCGCCUGCAGGGCGAGAAGGACGCGGCCGCGGAGGACAGCGGGGCUCCCCCCCUAGAGCCACCCCCGCCGGAGCCCCCGGCGCCCCCGGCGCCCACGGAGGGUGACAAGAAGGCCGAUGGUGGCCAAGCCCCCCCUGAUUCCACUGCCAAGAAGGAGCCACCGGUGGCGGUGAACGGGAAGGACGAGGAGCAAAGCACCGAGGAGAACCUUGGCAAAGGGGGGACAGACCGGACAACCACCAACGCCGACCAGGACACCCCCAAGGAGAAGGAGACAGUGACCAGCAACCCCGUGUCCCCCGACGGUUCGCCCUCCAAAUCACCCUCCAAAAAGAAGAAGAAAUUCCGGACCCCGUCCUUCCUGAAAAAAGGCAAAAAGAAGGAAAAGAUCGAAUCCUGAGUGUCCCUGGGGCCCGCCGAGACCCGGGAA